AUGAAUAAUUCAGUCUAAAAUAUACGAAGACCUGUAACAUCUUAAAAUUAUAGAUCGAUAGAGAAAUUAGGAAGCAACAGCUAAUAAAAAUUACCUAAUUUAAGUGAUGUGAUGAACCUUAAACUUAAGCAUCAAAGUGAAAAAGAACUUUAGGAACUUAUUUAAAAAUUAGUGAAACAAGUUUAAUAACUUAAUUCAGCAGUUACCUAAAAAGAUAAAUAAAUAUAGUAAUAUGAAUUCAUGAUUAAAUCUCUUUAAAUUGCUAUUGAAAAAAGAGAUUGUAUUAUUAGUGCAUUGAGAGUUGAAAAAUAAUAAAUAGUUGAAAUUGUAAAUCCAUUAAAACCAACAAUUAAAACUGAUGAUUCUUCAAGAACUCCCAGUUUAGGUCCUAAAAAAUCCCUAAGGACUAGAACAAAAGACACAAAUUUUGAUGAAAAUCUCUCUGCAAUUCUUGAUUCUGAUUAUGGUAUAUAUAUUCAAUUUAGUUUGAGCCUUGUUGAGUUAGUAUGUAAAAUGUUAUGAAGAAUUAAAUCAUUUAACACAAAUAAAAAAUUUAGUUUCUAAUGAAGAUUAAUUUUUUGCCAAUAUUUAAAAAAUGGAGUUGAGUAAUAUUGUACACAUUUUUGAUGCAAUUUAAUUAGUAUUGCAAGAACAUAAACUUUUAUUCAAAAAUGUAAUUAAGUAAAAUAAAUUAUUUGAUGCUUGUUUAUAAAUUUAUGAUGUACUUAUUUUUAUAAUAAUAAUUAUUAGCAAAUUCCCUUAAAUGAUCAAUUAGAAAGUUUAUAAGGAUUAUUAAGAGACUCUCUUAAUUGUGAUAAAGUUCAAAUCUAUGUGUUAGACAGUGAACACUAGGAGUUAUGGACAAAAACUAAAGAUAGAGUAUUAAGAAUUUAAUCCAAUGAAGAUAUAAUUGGAGCUUGCUUUUAAGAGAGAGGUUUGAUUAAUGUUCACAAUGCAUAUAAUGAUCCUAGAUUUAAAAAAGAAAAUGAUAAGGGUUAUAAAACAAAUACAAUUUUAUUAUGUCCAAUAUUAGAUAAAUAACAAAAUUCAAUAGGUGUUAUUAUGGCAGUGAAUAAACUAACUGGACAUUUUAAUAAUGAUGACUAAUUGUUCAUUUCAAAAACAUCAGAAAUGAUAUCUAUUUUAUUGAGAAAUCAUCAAUAAUCAAGUGAAUCUAUUAGUAUUUAGAACGCACUAAGAAAUGUUAUUCAAGUAUUAAAUUCAUUGUGAAUUAUAGGCUUAAUUAUAAUUAGUAUAUAUGAGUAAUACAGAAUAAAUCUUAUUUGAAUCAGAAAACUUGUUAAAAAACUUGUUCCAUACAUAAAAAGGCUUAGUUUAUGUUGUUAAUAAUAAUCGAUUAUUAAGAGUAAAUGAAAAGAAAUUACUAGAAGUAUCACAAUUAGGAAUCGGAAUCGUUGGGGAGGCUCACAAAUUUAAAGAAUUUUUAUGGGUUUAGAAUGCAUAUAAUCACUAGUCAUUUAACAAUUUAGGUAUUUAGAUUUUAUUAUUUUCUAGUUGAUAUUCAAACUACUAUGCCAAUAUAUUGUAUAGAAGUUGAAGGAAAGCAACAAUCAGUCAUUCUGUAAGUGAUAAAUAAUAAAGGAAUCAGAUCAUAAAAGGUUAGUUCAUUUGAUCAAGAAUUAUUAGAAAUGUUUGGAAAAAUUAUUUUAAGCAAAAUUGAUUUUAUAUAAUUAUGA